UUAAAACACUUGCACUAUUCGGCCAUCGAGGACCGGGCAUUACUGCAGAUAAGUCUUUUUCCAAAAUGCUCUGCCGUAGCAGAAAUAGACUAUCAGGCCAUGAGGAUUCAGAAAAGGACAAACAAAGAAUAGUUCAGUUAAUGGAAGAAAAUAUAACUUUCCAACAGAACAUCAGAGAAUUGAAAACUAUGCUAUCAAGUACUUCCAAUACACAACAACAAGAAGUUCAUCAGCUGAAACAAGAACUAAGUAACAUAAGAUCAAAAGACAACUUACAUAUAUAUGAGCUGAAUCAAGAAACGGAAGGUCUGACUCAGAAAAUAAGAAAUCUCGAAAAGCAAGUAGAAGAUCUUAACAAAAGGCUUUCUACAAAGACAGUUGAACAUCAACAGGAAAUUCGUCAUCUGAAAAAUGAAUUUAGUAGCAAAAGGACAAAAGAAAAUGCUCAAAUGUCAGAACUGAAAGAAAAACAAAACGAGUUCCGAGAACAAAAAAUAAGAAAGCUUGAAGAGCAGGUGCAAGAACUCAAUAAAAGGCUUUCAAAUGAUACAGAUGGACAUCAACAGGAAAUUCGUCAACUGAACCAAGAAUUAAGUAGCACUAGAUUAAAAGAUAGUGCAAACAUCUCAGAACUAACAAAACAAAAGGAUGUUUUGGAACAGAAAACACGAAAGCUUGAAGAGGAAGUUCAAGAUCUCAAAAAUAGGCUUUCAAACAAUACAGAUGGACAUGUACAAGAAAUUCAUCAACUGAAACAAGAAUUAAGUAGCACUAGAACAAAUGCAAAGGGACAAGUUUCACAACUGCAAAGCCAAAAGAACGAAUUAGAACAAAAAUCGAGAAACCUGGAAAAAGAAGUACAAGUCCUUAACAACAGUCUUUCAGGCACAGCAAGCACUCAUCAACAGGAAGUAAAUCGGCUGACAAAAGCACUAAAUGACACUCGAGGUGAAUUAAGUGCUAAAUUAUUUGAGCUUACAAACCAAAAUAAAGGAAUGGAGCAGACAGCAAAGGAACGUGAAGAGCAAGUACAAAACCUAAAUAAUAGGAUUUACUGGGCUGAACAAUCACAAACAGAGGCUCAAAGACAAAUAGAAGGUUAUAAACAAGAAGCUUCGAAUGCCAACUCAACGAUACAAACGUAUCAGCAGCAGAUUGCAGGUUACAAGCAAGAAGCGUCGAAGGCCAACUCAACGAUACAAACGUAUCAGCAGCAGAUCGAAGGUUAUCAAAGAUAUCAGUUAAAAGAUGUAUUUUAUGAUAUAAUAGAAUGCCCACCUGAAAAAUGA